GAGAAAGACUCCGUCUCAAAAAAAAAAAAAAAAAAAAAAAAAAAAAGAAAAUCUAGAAUGUGGUAUAUUAAAACAAUGUAAAAAGUAUUUUGUGUCUAUAUAUAAAAUGAAAUUUUAGACUCAGAUAAUUAUAGAAAGGCCUUUUACCUAUACAAAUGCCCAUUGGGAUGUUAGAAUCUCUUGCGGGGCAUGGACAAUGCUUUGUUUUGCAUUAUUGUCUUUCUGCCGUUCCUGCUCCCCACUCCCUUAAAGGCCAGAAGUACUAACUCAAUAGUUUUGAUGACCAAGGACCCCCAUAAAUUGCCAAGGUGGUAUUAUUCCUAGUGGGAACCAGUGAUAUAGGAGGUAGGAUGGAGGACUCCAUGAUUACGUAGAUAGAGGAGCUGUGGAGAAGGAAGUUGAGAGAGCCAAGGUUUGAAAACCAUGGUGCACAUGCCUGUAGUCCUAGCUAUUCUGGAGGCUGAGGCAAGAGGAUCACUUGAGGCCAGCAGUUCAAGACCAGCCUGGGCAACAUAGCGAGACACUAAAAAAAAGAAAUUAGCUGGCCGGGCGCGGUGGCUCAUGCUUGUAAUCCCAGCACUUUGGGAGGCCGAGGCGGGUGGAUCACGAGGUCAGGAGAUCGAGACCACGGUGAAACCCCGUCUCUACUAAAAAAUACAAAAAAUUAGCCGGGCGUGGUGGCGGGCGCCUGUAGUCCCAGCUACUCGGAGAGGCUGAGGCAGGAGAAUGGCGUGAACCCGGGAGGCGGAGCUUGCAGUGAGCCGAGAUUGCGCCACUGCACUCCAGCCUGGGCGACAGAGCGAGACUCCGUCUCAAAAAAAAAAAAAAAAAAAGAGAAAUUAGCCAAGCAUGGUGACUUCAAUAUGUAAUCUCAUCUGUGUAGGAGGAUCACUUGAGCCUAGGAGUUUGAGGCUGCAAUGGGCUAUGAUUAUGCCACUGUAUUCCAGCCUGGGCAACAGAGUGAGACCUCAUCUAAAAAAAAAAUCAAGAAAAAAGAAAACCAUUGUGCAUUGCAGUCACCUGAAGCCCUUGUUGAAACCCUGUAUUCCCUGCCCAGGGAUUCAGAUUCAGGGGAUGGAGCAGGAAGGGAGCUGGGGCAGAGGAUGAGACUAUAGCACCCUGGAAUCUGCAUUCUGAUGCACACCAAUGUCUGAGAACCACUCAGCCUGGGUCCUCUGGUGGGCAAAGUGAAGGAGUACCAGGUGGAGACCAUCGUGGACACCCUGUGCACCAACAUGCGGUCAGACAAGGAGCAGCUGCGAGACAUCGCUGGCAUUGGCCUCAAGACCGUCCUCUCGGAGCUCCCCCCUGCAGCCACAGGCUCCGGGCUGGCCACCAACGUGUGCCGGAAGAUCACAGGCCAGCUCACCAGUGCCAUUGCCCAGCAGGAGGAUGUGGCUGUGCAGCUGGAAGCCCUGGACAUCCUCUCUGACAUGCUGAGCAGGCUGGGUGCGCCGCUGGGCGCCUUCCACGCCAGUCUCCUGCACUGUCUGCUGCCACAGCUGAGCAGCCCGCGCCUGGCGGUGCGCAAACGGGCGGUCGGAGCGCUUGGCCACCUGGCGGCCGCCUGCAGCACCGACCUCUUCGUCGAGCUCGCUGACCACCUACUGGACCGGCUGCCCGGCCCGCGGGUGCCCACCAGCCCGGCUGCCAUCCGCACCCUGAUCCAAUGUUUGGGCAGCGUCGGCCGCCAGGCCGGCCACCGCCUCGGGGCUCACCUGGACCGCCUGGUGCCCCUGGUGGAGGAUUUCUGCAACCUGGAUGAUGAUGAGCUCCGGGAGUCCUGCCUCCAGGCUUUUGAGGCCUUCUUGAGGAAGUGCCCCAAGGAAAUGGGCCCUCACGUGCCCAAUGUGACCAGCCUCUGCCUCCAGUACAUAAAACACGACCCCAACUACAACUACGGCAGUGAUGAGGAUGAGGAGCAGAUGGAGACAGAGGAUAGUGAAUUCAGUGAGCAAGAGAGUGAAGACGAGUACAGCGAUGAUGAUGACAUGAGCUGGAAGGUGCGCCGGGCAGCUGCCAAGUGCAUCGCAGCCUUGAUCAGCUCGCGGCCUGACCUGCUGCCCGAUUUCCACUGCACCCUGGCACCUGUUCUCAUCCGCCGCUUCAAAGAACGCGAGGAGAACGUCAAGGCUGAUGUCUUCACUGCUUACAUCGUGCUGCUGCGGCAAACACGGCCCCCGAAGGGAUGGCUGGAGGCCAUGGAGGAACCCACCCAGACCGGCAGCAACCUCCAUAUGCUACGUGGACAGGUGCCCCUUGUGGUCAAGGCCCUGCAGCGGCAGCUUAAAGAUCGGAGCAUCAGAGCCCGCCAGGGAUGCUUCAGCCUCCUCACUGAGCUGGCGGGUGUCCUCCCCGGCAGCCUGGCCGAGCAUAUGCCUGUGCUGGUAUCAGGCAUCAUCUUCUCGCUGGCUGACCGCUCCAGCUCCUCCACCAUCCGGAUGGAUGCCCUGGCCUUCUUGCAGGGGCUGCUGGGCACCGAACCAGCUGAGGCCUUCCACCCACAUUUGCCUACCCUCCUGCCACCUGUGAUGGCCUGUGUGGCUGACCCUUUCUACAAGAUUGCAGCCGAGGCCCUGGUGGUGCUGCAGGAGCUGGUGCGGGCCCUGUGGCCGCUGGACAGGCCGCGGAUGCUGGAUCCUGAGCCAUAUGUUGGAGAGAUGUCUGCGGUCACCCUGGCGCGACUCCGUGCCACUGACCUGGACCAGGAGGUGAAGGAGCGGGCCAUUUCCUGCAUGGGCCACCUUGUAGGCCACCUGGGUGACCGGCUUGGGGAUGACCUGGAGCCCACGUUACUGCUCCUCCUGGACCGCCUGCGGAAUGAGAUCACCCGGCUGCCUGCCGUCAAGGCGCUUACGCUGGUGGCCGUAUCCCCACUACAGCUUGACCUACAGCCCAUCCUGGCCGAGGCACUGCCCAUUCUGGCCUCAUUCCUGCGGAAGAACCAGCGGGCUUUGCGACUGGCCACACUGGCAGCCCUGGACGCCCUGGCCCAGAGCCAGGGCCUCAGCCUCCCACCAUCUGCCUUGCAGGCCGUGCUGGCUGAGCUGCCUGCCCUGGUCAACGAGAGUGACAUGCAUGUGGCCCACCUGGCUGUGGACUUCCUUGCCACAGUGACCCAGGCCCAGCCAGCCUCUUUGGUGGAGGUCAGUGGCCCUGUGCUCUCAGAGCUGCUGCGGCUGCUGCGUUCGCCCCUGUUGCCAGCCGGGGUUCUGGCAGCUGCUGAAGGCUUCUUGCAGGCCCUGGUGGGGACCCGUCCCCCGUGUGUGGACUAUGCCAAACUCAUCAGCCUGCUCACUGCGCCUGUUUAUGAGCAGGCUGUGGAUGGUGGGCCUGGCCUGCACAAGCAGGUGUUCCACUCAUUGGCCCGGUGUGUGGCAGCCCUCUCAACUGCCUGUCCCCAAGAGGCGGCAAGCACAGCCAACCGCCUGGUCUGCGAUGCCAGGUCGCCCCACUCCAGCACGGGGGUCAAGGUCCUGGCAUUCUUGUCGCUGGCUGAGGUGGGUCAGGUGGCUGGGCCAGGCCCCCAGCGGGAGCUGAAGGCAGUGCUCCUGGAAGCUUUGGGGUCACCCAGUGAGGAUGUGAGGGCUGCAGCCUCGUAUGCACUGGGCCGCGUGGGUGCUGGCAGCCUGCCCGACUUCCUGCCCUUCCUGCUGGAGCAGAUCGAGGCUGAGCCCCGACGACAGUACCUGCUGCUGCACUCACUCAGGGAGGCCCUGGGGGCCGCCCAGCCUGACAGCCUGAAGCCCUACGCCGAGGACAUCUGGGCCCUGCUGUUCCAGCGCUGCGAGGGCGCUGAGGAGGGCACCCGGGGGGUGGUGGCCGAGUGUAUUGGGAAGCUGGUCCUUGUGAACCCUUCGUUCCUUCUGCCCCGCUUGCAGAAGCAGCUUGCUGCAGGUCGGCCACACACCCGGAGCACUGUCAUCACAGCGGUCAAGUUCCUCAUCUCGGACCAGCCCCAUCCCAUUGACCCCCUCCUAAAGAGCUUCAUCGGAGAGUUCAUGGAGAGCCUGCAGGACCCAGACCUGAACGUGCGCCGUGCGACUCUGGCUUUCUUCAACUCAGCUGUGCACAACAAGCCCUCGCUAGUCCGGGACCUGCUGGAUGACAUCCUGCCCCUCCUCUACCAGGAGACAAAGAUCCGGCGGGACCUCAUCCGAGAGGUGGAGAUGGGGCCCUUUAAACAUACAGUGGACGAUGGGCUGGACGUGCGGAAGGCGGCCUUUGAGUGCAUGUAUUCACUGCUUGAGAGCUGCCUGGGCCAGCUGGAUAUCUGUGAGUUCCUGAACCAUGUGGAGGACGGGCUGAAGGACCACUACGACAUCCGGAUGCUGACCUUCAUUAUGCUUGCCCGGCUGGCCACCCUGUGUCCUGCACCUGUCCUGCAGAGGGUGGACCGACUCAUUGAGCCACUAAGGGCCACUUGCACUGCCAAGGUCAAAGCUGGUUCUGUGAAGCAGGAGUUUGAAAAGCAAGAUGAACUGAAGCGCUCUGCAAUGAGGGCAGUGGCUGCCCUGCUGACCAUCCCCGAGGUGGGGAAAAGCCCCAUCAUGGCCGACUUCUCUUCCCAAAUCAGAUCCAACCCUGAACUUGCUGCCCUCUUUGAAAGCAUCCAGAAGGAUUCCACUUCAGCCCCCAGCACAGACUCAAUGGAGCUCAGCUAGUCCCCUCAGCACCAAGGUGGGCCCUCGCUUAAGAGAAAGGAGCCCACCCAAGCCCGAGGCCUCCCCAUCCCACCACUGCAGGUCUCUACUUUUGCCCUUCCACCAUUUCACUGGGGGCCCUGCCACUCCUGGUCAGGGCUUACAGUGCCUUCUCCAGGGACCCAACUCAAAGGCCCCCAGCCCAAGCUGUGAGGCUGCCAAGAAUUGGGCCCCUUCCUUACCUCAGGACAGUCAUCCAAAGAAAUAGGGUGAGGAAGUUUUCAGUGACUUCACACUGUACCCCUCCAUAGUCUGUCUGGUUCCUUCAGAGGGUGUCUCUGCCUCAAAACUAGUAGUAUUUAGAAAUAGGCUGUGCUGUCAGCUGUAAAAGGUCAGGAGGCAGCAGACACCACUCUGGUUUCUUCACUGCAUUCAGCAAUGCCUGAAGUUAGUGCUCAGGCCGGGCAUCUCAAAAGAAGAGAUACUUGAGUUAUUCACAUUUUAAAAUUCAAAACGGUUCAUUUUUAAGUGGCAGUGAUGAAUCAGAAAUUUGGAAGGUGAUAACAGGUUUUUUUCCAGGGAGGAGGAAUGGGUUGGGUAGGGAACUGGACAGGCUUGGACCUCAUAUUUCAUUUCUAAUUUCAAAAUACUUACUAGCAAAUUGGGCAACAAGGAAGUACACAUCUUCCACGCCACCACCACCCAGGCAUAACCAGUUGGUUUGUUUCCUUCUGAGGAAGGUUUCAAAUGUGUCUAGUGUUUAGUAUUGAGGACAAAGAAAUACAAGUGGCAGGCCCAAGUAUUUUCUGUGAUAUCCCAGGUUAAUAAAGAUUAGAUUCUAAAUUA